CAGGAUAAUUUAACAAAGGAAGUCAUGCACGUCUUUUAUCUCGAUUAAAAGGUAUUCUGAUUUUCUUUUGCUGUUUGACUGAAAGUGUGUGAGGUUUCAGAAGCGCGCAAACACACACACACUUCUCUGUUCUGUAUAGACUGAACCUAGAAGACAUGCUACAGCACAUAGCUAACGUUCUUUAAUUAAAGGUGUUGUAGGAGGCUGCAUGCAUGAGAAAAUAACUUUGCCCAACAACAAAAAUGUGGGUUAGCUGGCAGUUUGAGAGCGUUACAAACUCCAACGUUCUUGUCACACUUCUACAUUAAGUCCCCAAUGCACAGAACAUGCCCCUAGAAAUACCAAAUGGAAUGACCGCGUCGAAUGUCUGACUGAAAAGGAGAGAAGAUAGAGAAGGAGAGAAGAUAGAGAAGGAUAGAAGAGAGAGAAGGAUAGAAGAGAGAGAGAACACUCCCCGUCCGUUUUUCCCUAUCUUCCUCCUCUCGCUCUGUCUGUCCUCUGCUCUCUCCCUUUCUAGAAAACAUGAAGGAAGAAAGAGAAGAUAAGAAUCCGGGGGGGACGAGUGUGAACAAGAGAAAGUUCGAGGAAAGCAAGAGAGGGGGACAUUAAUAGGCGGAUGGAGGAAGGAAGAAAUUAAGUAAGGGAUCUAUCCAGCCAUACAACGCGAUUAAACGAGACAUGAACAAACUAUAUAUUGACCUAUAUUAAACGUAGCUACUCGACUCUUCUCAACUUGUGACGUUUACAACUAUUUUAGGAUAGUUGGAUGCGCACACUUAGGCUAUUAGGAACCAAGUUAUCGUAUUUUCUAAUUCAUACAGCAACUUCCAGCGUUGCAAGUCACAGCUCACCCCGGAAAAGGAUUUAGCCCCAAGGACCAAGGGGCACCGACGAGGGCAGGUCACCGCAGCCGGAGUUUAGGCGUUGCCACACGGCUUUGACCCGGAGCCAUGGCCGGGGCGAAGCCAGGAGUCCACGCUCUGCAGCUCAAACCGGUGUCGGUUCACGACAUACUAAAACGGGGGAGCAAGUUUAUCAAAUGGGAUGAGGAGCCCAACAGCAGCCACCCCACCCUGAUUACUCUGAAGGUAGACCCAGAUGGAUUCUUCCUUUACUGGACUGGUGGGGCCAACAUGGAAGUGGAAAUUCUUGACAUUAGCCAGAUAAGAGACACCAGAACGGGGAAGUUAGCCAAACUACCAAAGGACCCACGUGUCAGAGAGGUUUUGGGGUUCGGUAAACCAGGCGAGGGGGGUGUUGCCGUGGAGGGGAAGCUGGUAACGGUUGUCCACGGCAAUGACCUGGUCAACGUAUCCUUCCUCAACUUCCAGGCCAUGCAGGAAGACACUGCCAAGGUGUGGACAGAGGAGCUGUUUAAACUGGCCACAAACAUUCUGUCUCAGAAUGCAUCUCGCAACACUUUCCUCCUCAAAGCGUACACCAAGUUAAAGUUGCAGGUGAAUCAGGAUGGAAAGAUUUCAGUGAAGAAUAUUCUUAAGAUGUUUUCUGAUAAGAAGCGAGUGGAGACAGCGCUGGAGCAGUGUGGUUUGGUCACCAACAGGGUGGAGGGCAUUAAGCCAGAUGAUUUUACAUGGGAAAUGUUCCAGAGCUUUCUACACAGUCUCUGUCUACGACCAGAGAUAGAACGCAUCUUUGUCGAGCUUGGUUCUCGGGGAAAGCCGUUCCUCUCAUUGGAUCAGCUGACAGACUUUAUAAACCGUCGUCAGAGAGACUCUCGUCUCAACGAGGUCCUCUAUCCUCCUCUGAAGAGAGAGCAGAUCAGACAACUGAUGGAGAAAUACGAGAGCAACGCUAGCCAGCUGGAGAGAGACCAGAUCAGUCUGAUGGGGUUCAGUAAAUAUCUUGGAGGAGAGGAGAAUACCAUCGUCCCACCAGAGAGACUAGACAUCAUAGAUGAUAUGAACCAGCCCCUGUCCCACUACUUUAUCAACUCUUCACACAACACAUACCUCACAGUUGGUCAGUUGACAGGUCUGUCAUCGGUGGAGAUGUAUCGCCAGGUGUUGCUGACCGGCUGUCGCUGUAUAGAGCUGGACUGUUGGAAAGGACGGCCCCAGGAUGAAGAACCUUACAUCACGCACGGCUUUACCAUGACCACUGAGAUACCCUUCAAGGAGGUGAUUGAGGCAAUAGCAGAAAGUGCGUUUAAGACCUCUCCCUAUCCCGUAAUCCUCUCCUUUGAAAACCAUGUUGACUCGGCGAAGCAGCAGGCCAAGAUGGCGGAAUAUUGUAGGACUAUUUUUGGCGACGCCCUCCUCAUCGACCCUCUAGAGAAAUACCCGCUGAUCCCUGUUCAGCCCUUACCCUCGCCCCAGGAGCUGCUGGGUAAGAUUCUGAUAAAGAACAAGAAGAAGCACCACCACAGAGCGUCCAGCGGGGGCAACAUGAGGAGGAGGACAGGAGAAAUAGACGCUCUGGAGCAGGCUUCACCUGUUAACGACUUCCCAUUCAGUGACAGCGAGGGGGGCCAGCUGCUGUCCAAUGGGGAAGAGAAGCUGGCAGAGAGUCUGGUCAAGGACGGUGAUCCUCGGAAGUCAAUUGGAGGGGAGGGAGAGAGUGAUGAGGAGGAGGAAGAUGAACCUGUGGCUGAACUGAAGAAACCAAACUCUGAUGAGGGUACUGCCAGUAGUGAGGUAAAUGCGACAGAGGAGAUGUCUACUCUUGUCAACUACAUAGAACCUGUCAAGUUCAAGAGCUUUGAGGUUGCAAACAAGAGGAAUAAGUAUUUUGAGAUGUCAUCAUUUGUGGAGACCAAGGGUAUGGACACACUGAAGAGUGCACCCAUCGAGUUUGUUGAGUACAAUAAGAAGCAGCUGAGUCGUAUCUAUCCUAAAGGGACGAGAGUUGAUAGUUCAAAUUACAUGCCCCAACUCUUCUGGAACGUAGGCUGUCAGAUGGUGGCGCUAAACUUCCAGACACUCGACCUGCCCAUGCAGUUGAACAUGGGUGUGUUUGAGUAUAAUGGACACAGUGGUUACCUGCUCAAACCAGAAUUCAUGAGAAGGACAGACAAACACUUUGACCCCUUCACUGAAAACAUAGUGGACGGCAUCGUAGCCAACACCGUCAAGAUCAGGGUGAUCUCGGGCCAGUUCCUGACCGAUAAGAAAGUGGGUGUGUACGUGGAAGUGGACAUAUUUGGACUUCCUGCUGACACAAAGAGGAAGUACCGUACCAGAACUUCCAAUGGUAACAGCCUGGACCCAGUCUGGGACGAUGAGACUUUUGUCUUCAACAAGGUGGUCCUGCCCACUCUGGCCUCUCUGAGGAUAGCUGUGUUUGAGGAGAACGGGAAGUUCCUCGGACAUCGGAUCUGCCCUGUGUCAACUAUCCGACCGGGUUACCACUAUAUCAGUCUGAAGAAUGAGAUGAACCAGCCUCUGUUGCUUCCCUCUCUAUUGGUCUACACCGAGGCUCAAGACUACAUUCCUAAUGAACACCAGGAGUAUGCUGAGGCUUUGACCAACCCCAUCAAACAUGUGAGUCUUUUGGACCAGAGAGAGAGACAGCUAGCUGCUCUGAUGGAGGACAACGGCGAGCGUGUAUUGGAGCAGCCGAAGGAGGGAGAGAGGGAUCGGAAGGGCGACGCCACCCUGGGGAAGAUCCCCUCCCCCCUCCACCCCGUCCCCGACCCCAUUGAUGACAUCAGCGACCUCAUCAGCUCACCUGGACCAGGCCAGAAAGAGGAUCUUAUUGCUACAGUCCUGGCAAAUCUCCAGGCUCAAUCUACAGAAGAGUUGAAACAGCAGAAGUCGUAUCUGAAGCUGUUGAAGAAACAAUGUAAAGAACUCAAGGAGCUCCGCAAGAAACACCUCAAGAAGGUGUGGGCCUUGAGUAAAGAGCAGAGGAGUCGCUGUAACCAGCUCCGCUCUGACACACAGAGACGACGCAGUCAGAUGGAGAAACAUCUCAAAAGCAGCAUGAAGAAAAAUGAGCCAGCAGAGCCGGUGCAGAGGCAGUUGACAGCAUUGGAGAUGGAGUUACAGAAACAGACGGUGCAGCUGAGAGAGUGGCAGAUGCAAGAGCUCCUAAAACUACGGCAACAACAACACACACUGGAGAGAGAGAAGAAACACACACACCUACGAGAGGCAUUUCAGAAAAUAAAGGAGACAUCCCAGGAAUGUCAGACGGCUCAGCUCAAAAAACUUAAGGAGAUCUGUGAGAGAGAGAAGAAGGAGCUUCAAAAGAUUCUAGACAGGAAGAGACAGCACAGCAUUAUCGAGGCCAAGAGCAGAGACAGAGACAAGGCUGAGUCGGAACUGAAUGAGAUCAACAGGAAGCAUAUCACAGACUCUGUCACGUUAAUCCGCCGGUUGGAUGAGGCCCAGUCAAGGCGUCAGGAGAAGUUGGUAAUUGGUCAGAGAGAAGCCCAACGACACAUAGAGGAGGAGCAACCAUUGCUACAGGCCCGAUUGGAGCGAGACUUGGAGGCGGAGUUACAACGUCUACCAGAGGAGAUCUGCCAAUACCUGCAGGCGGAACUCGAGUCCAAAGGUCUCCGUAGCGACGCUCUCUUCUCCUUAUCCAAUCACAGCCCUAGCUCCAGCUCGGGUCCGCCCUCCAACUGUUCAACACCCACUUUUCCCUUAACACCCAAUAGGAGCACUUGGAACAGGAGUCUGGACAAUAGCAUUGCCUCAUUGGUGGACUCAUCCUCUUCCUCUACCCCUGUCCUAUCAGAAGCAGAUAUGUAAGCCAUAUGUACAUUUAUGUAAACCUAAUGGCCCUGAGCUUCAGUUAGUUUUUUGUUAAUGUUUUCAUUAAAAAAAAUU